ACAAAGACCCAACGCAGCAAAAAAUAAAAAAUAAAAAGACCCAUUAUGAAAAUUAUUGUCAACACGAAAAGAGAGCCGUUUGGUUCAUUUUAGUUUUCUGCUUGUUGGCUUGUUGGGAUUCUGCUUUUUGGGCUUUCCAAUCAUUUUUUCCCCCUGCCUCAUGGUUGUAGUAUUCCCUGAAGUAAACAAGAUCCCCUUUGAAAGGGAUCUUGAUUUAGUGGGAAGAGCACUGUAUUUGGAUCAGAAGACAGGUUCAAGUACCAAGAUCAGCCCUGCCAAAUUCACAGGAUUGUUUUGAAGAUCAAAUGAGGUAAAAUCUUGUGAAGGUGCUUUAAGAACUCUAACACUAUACAAAUGUGAGGAAUGGUUAUUAAUCCCUGAUGUUUACAGAGCUAGAGGGUGUAGGCCUUGGAAGAACCCUUAGUGAGCAUCUAGUCUAUGGGAAAGGCAGCGUGGUAUAGUGGAAAGAACAGUUUUUGAUAAUUGCACUGACUCAGGUUAGAAAUCUAGCCAGGCAUUUUGCUACCUUUUGCCUUGAGCAAGAUAUUUGAGCUUCUGUUUUUGAUCUAACAUAUGGGGAUCAUAGCAUCUACCACCCAGGGUUGUUGUGAGGAUUAAAUAAAAUAAUGUAUAUAAACUGUAUAGUAUAUAGUAGGUGCUUAAUAAAUAUCAAAAUCCUUUUCCUUGAUGAGCAGUGUUGGUGUUCCCGUCUCAGAUUGGGGGUCCCUUCCUCUUCUCUUAAGCAUAACUUCUUGCAUUGGUAUUCUGGAGAUUGAUGCCUUCUGGAAGAGCAGGAAUAAGAAGGGAACACUUUUGUACUCUUGGUUUUUGUUGGUCUAAUUGGUUGGACCUUCUUGCCCAGGGUGCCCAAACAGUAGGCACAGUUGCCCCAACAGACCUUGGGAAUCUGGCAUUACAGGAAGAGCCUGGAGACGCUGCUGCAUUGUCUGACCAGCGUCCAUGCAUGGGUAAGGCUUUGUCAGGAAGAAUGGCUGCCCAAGGACCCCACAGUGUACUCUACCUGAGCACGCAUAGGGGCCUGCCAAGAUCUCCUGAGCGCCUGGCUUGCUCCCCACGUAAAGGUUAUUGGAGAGUGAAGUCUGGAUCAGCUCAUUCAGACACAGACCACAGGUGAGAUGGGCCUUGGCCACCUUCUAAAAGGACAGGACUUCUGUGCUGCAGGCCUGCCACAUACCUCUGUUGCCUUUACUCCAGUUGGCCCCCUCCUAUUCCAGCCACAGAAGUACUCCUCCCUUGUUGACACUUGCAAACAAUCCCUACUGUUCUAGAAAUCUGGUCACUGAUAACUCACUCCCGUAAGACCUACUAUCCUUUUUUCUUUCCAACUAUUACAAUUUCUCCCCCCCCCAUGUUGUUAAUCCUACCAACUCAUCACAUCGUUCCGUCUAGUACUUCUUUUUCUUUUUUAAAGCCCUUCAUGACAUCUGUUUUUUUUAAAAAAUAUUUAUUUAUUUGGUAGCACGGGGUCUUAGUUGCAGCAGGCGGGCUCCUUAGUUGUGGCAUGAGAACUCUUAGUUACGGCAUGCACGUGGGGAUCUAGCUCCCUGACCAGGGAUUGAACCCACGCCCCCUGCAUUGGGAGCGCAGAGUCUUAUCCACUGCACCACCAGGGAAGUCCCCUCAAUCUAGUACUUCUGUGGACUACAGGGCCCAGAAACCACAGAUCUCCCCAAGCAGUGUGUUCUGCCAGAAAGAGCUAGAAAGACACGGGGGUGAGUCUCAGCUUUCCAUUUUGUGUUUGGACAAGUUACUUAAUCUUCCUAGUGUUUCCAAGUCUGUAAGAUGUUUAGUAAGACUGACCUCAAGGGUUGUAGUACCAAUAAUAUGAGAUAAUGUGGGCAAAGCACACAGCCCAGAGCCUGAGAGUAGGAGUUCAGCAAAUUGUGAUCUGACCCCCUCCCCCUUCCCCAGGGUGUGCUGGAAUUCACCCACUGUGCUUUUUACUUUAAAUCCUUUUCAGAACAGGCUCCACAAUAAACUAGCAAAACAAUAAAAUACAGACCUCCUUUUCUCUCUCUUUCCCCCUUUCUUCUUUCUUCCUCUGCCUUUUCUAUGGGGUCCUUUUCUUCCCUCUCUAUUCUUUAUUUCACAUGUGUAUGUGUCUGUUAUUUCUUUUCUGCUUCUCCUACCAUACCUUAGCCAGGGUCAGGGAGCAAUUAACCAAAUAUUUUCACUGUGAGAAUCAAAUCAGAAGAUAAAAGGAGUCAAAAGAGAAAAGUAUUCUAGAAUGGAGCCAAGUUUCUCACUUCACACACCCAGCAUUAGAAAACACAUUAUCGGUAUAGAUCUAAACCAUUGUGGGCUAGGUGAAAUUUAGGGGGAAGACUCCCUAACCUGUCUUUAGUAUGGCCAGACCACCCUUUUCUCCCUUCACAUCUUGCUGAUUUGUUUGCAGUGAUGGACUUCAAGGCCAAAAGACAGAACUGUGUCAGGCAGGCCCUUUUGGGGUCCCAGGAGCAGAGGAGCAGUGGGAGGAGAGGCCAUAAGGAUGGUAGAAAGAGAAAUGAACUGUGAGAGGAUGGCAGAAUUGGAGCUCUUUGGGCUAGAGACCUUGACCAAAUCAUUCUCCUUUCUGCUUCCUUAUUUCUCUCUUUAUGAAAUGAAUAAUUCUGCCUUACCUGUCUUGUAAGGUGGUUAGGAGGAUCAAAUAUGAAAGUGCUUAUGAAAUGUGAACUAGAUAAACUGCUGCUUAGAUGAAACAUCAUAACUUACAUUUAUUCAACUACAGAGCACCUAUUUCACGACAUCCAUUGCUAGGCACUGGAAAAACAUAAAGAUAAGAAAGGGUCUUUCUAAGGAACUCAAAAGCUAGAGGGUAUUUUUAGGAUAAUGGGUACAAUGGGGUCUUUAGACAGUGGACCUGAAGACUUAAGAACUAGAAUUGGCCUGAACAUAGGUAUGAUCAAGCUACUGAAAGUGCAGAGGGAUAAUAACAGUCCCAAGAUACCUUCACCCAGUAGGUGUGCCCCAAACUUUCUACAGUGUGUGUCAGCAAGGUGAGGGCUGAAACAGUUGAAGUGCUCCAUGAGCAGGAGGAAGCCAUGGGACGGCGUGGAGGGUCCCCACAGAGAAUGGGGCCUCGUCAGCAUCGGAAACCACAGGAAACUAGGUCAAUGCAUGGGGCCCACUCCCUCAGCUCCAAGGCUCAGCUAUGCGACCUGGGGCUUCCUGAGCAGACUGUACUGAUUAGUGGAUCCUUGAAGCUGGAGGCCCUUUGGCAGAAGUGCUGGAACUGGCCAACGGGUAGAGAGAGAAAGCUGGACACUAGUCAUGAAAGUCAGCCAGGUGGGAGCCAGGAUGCACAGGGGGACGUGUGAGGUCUACGUGCAUCCUGUAGUGCUCUUUUGUUCUGCCCAGCUCUAAGUGGUGCAUCAGUCACCUCGGUCUGCAGCACCCACUGCAGAGAAGUGCUUGAUAGCUCUGUCAGUCUUCUAAGUGAGAGGAUGAAGCACGUGUCCAGGGGAGAUUCAAGGCCAGGAGCAAGCUAAGGGGCGGAUCUGAUCUGCAGGGUGUUGCAGGAGUAGGAGGAGUUAAGAAGUGGGUACAGCCCGCCAUCCAGCCCCCUAACCCUGUGCCGGCCUCUUUCCUGUUAUUUCUCUGCCAGAGCAGGAGCCCCCUUGCCUUCCAGGUAGGGGAGUAGGGUUCUCUGGGGGGCAAGUGUCCUUCAGUCCCUCCACUUGGAGGAGAAGGAAUGUGGCCUGGCCGGCUGGUUGGGAUUGAGGAGGAGCUUUGGGGCAGGGCGGGGCAGGGGCAGGCUGAGGCAGGGCUCCUGCUGGCACUGCACUCCCUGCUGCUGCACGGCAAGGCCCUGCCACCCACCUCCAGGAGGUGCAGCCAUGUUCUGGAUACCCUGGCCCCUCGGAAGCCCAUGGGGAGCCCCGGCCUGGCAGCCCUGCUCCUGCGUCUCCUCCAGCUGCUCAUUGGCCUGUCUGCCGCUGCUGGUGUUGGCUGCCCCUACCUUCCCAGCUGCAGCGCCCUCUGCCUGCUGGCCUCCCACGUGGUAAGGCGUUCCUGCUGCUGCUGGCUGGGGGCACCUGGCUGCCACAGGCUGGUAAAGCUCCCCACGCUCCGCCUGUCCUUUCCUGCUACGCAAGUCCCUGAGCUCUGAUGGCAGCCUCAGCGUGUUCUCUACACCGUCUUGAAGGGAUAGUCAAGGUCCUGGUGCACUGAGGGCCUGGGCAGGGUGGAGCUGGGAAGAAAAGAGCCAGAGUGGAUGGACUGUUGGCGUAUGCGGGCCUCGAAAUUAGGUGAUGUGAGGCAAAGACCCCAGGGAGGAUGCUCCUCGUGGGAAUACCUACUAAUUACACUUCUGUCCUUUCUUUUCCCUACUGGGCCCUGUGCCUUCAGGAUGACAGUUUCACUGGAAGGUCCGCCCAGAUUCCUCGCCAUACCCGAUGGGCCUUUACCCCCUCCCCAAAGCCUUGGUGUGCUUGGCUCUGCCACUGUCCCUGCUGUUGGUGCCUGCAUCUGGUGUCAGAUCCUUCGGGUCUUCAGUGGGGCUGGCUCCACCUCCUGGUGCAGAAAUCCAAAAAGUCUUACAAGUUCCGGUUCUGUAGGAGGCACACGAUGCCAGCAUCUGCUCAGAGGAAGCUGCUAAGUAGCCGUUGCCUGUCUGAGAAGGGCCAUCACAUCUCCGUCCCCUCCCCAGACACCUCCCACAAGGGGCUGCGUUCCAAAAGAACCCAACCUGCAGAUCCAGAGAAAGGGGACGUUCUCUCCAAACGUGGCUCACAAAGGCUUGGAGGGCCUGAGUUCUCCUUUGACUUGCUGCCUGAGGCACGGGUUAUUCAAGUGACCGUUCCUCCAGGCCCUGAGGUCAGUGUGCGUCUUUGCCACCAGUGGGCACUGGAGUGUGAGGAGCUGAGCCGUCCCUUUGAUGCCCAGAAAAUUGUGUCUGGGGGCUGCACUGUAGACCUGCCUUAUGAAUUCCUUCUGCCCUGUCUGUGCAUCGAGCAUAUCUCCACUAAGUCAGGUUUGAAAAGGGCUGGUGUUAACGAGAUGCUAGGGAGGACUGGUGCCAGCCUGACGGUGAGCCAUUCACAGAGCCCGGGAUGGAGGUGUCCUGCUGACCGUGGCACAUUCCUGGGGGUGUCCUACCUGCAAGAGGACACCGUGAGGCACAAAAAAUGUCCCUUCCAGAGCUGGCCUGAAGCCUGUGAGUGCUGCUCAUGUGACUCUUGUGCACGCACAGCUUCUCUCUGUCUCUCUCUCCCCCACAGACGUACAGAUGGCUCGGACUUCUGGGAGUCGGUGAACUUUACUGACCACAGCCAGCACAGUCAGAUGAUCAUGGCCCUGACACUCCGCUGCCCACUGAAGCUGGACGCCUCCCUCUGCCAGAGGCGGGGCUGGCAUACCCUUUGCGAAGACGUCCCCAAUGCCACGGCUCGAGAGUCAGAGGGGUGGUAUGUCUUGGAGAAGGUGGACUUGCACCCCCAGCUCUGCUUCAAGUUCUCUUUUGGAAACAGCAGCCACGUUGAAUGCCCCCACCAGACAUUCGCCCCAUCCUGGAACGUGAGCAUGGAUACCCAGGCCCAGCAGCUGGUCCUUCACUUCUCCUCAAGGAUGCCCGCCACCUUCAGUGCUGCCUGGAGCCACUCAGGCUUGGGGCAGGACAGCAUGGUGCCCCCUGUGUACAGCGUCAGCCAGACUCAGGGCUCAAGCUCAGUGACACUAGACCUCAUCGUUCCCUUCCUGAGGCCAGGGGGCUGUGUCCUGGUGUGGAGGUCAGAUGUCCAGUUUGCCUGGAAGCACCUCCUGUGUCCGGAUGUCUCUCAUAGGCUCCUGGGGCUCUUGAUCCUGGCGCUGCUGGCCUUCACCACCUUACUGGGUGUUGUUCUGGUGCUCACCUGCCAGCGCCCACUGUCAGGCCCAGGUCGAGCGCGGCCGGUACUGCUCCUGCACGUGGCGGACUCCGAGGCGCAGCGGCGCCUGGUGGGAGCGCUGGCUGAACUGCUGCGGGCCGCGCUGGGCGGCGGGCGCGACGUGAUCGUGGACCUGUGGGAGGGCACGCGGGUGGCGCGCGUGGGCCCGCUGCCGUGGCUCUGGGCGGCACGGGCGCGCGUGGCGCGGGAGCGGGGCACCGUGCUGCUGCUGUGGAGCUGCGCCAGCCCGAGCCCCGCCGGCGGCCCGGAUGCCCGCGCCGCGCCCCUGCGCGCCCUGCUCCGCGCCGCCCCGCGCCCGCUGCCGCUGCUCGCUUACUUCAGUCGCCUCUGCGCCAAAGGCGACAUUCCUCCGCCCCUGCGCGCCCUGCCCCGCUACCGCCUGCUGCAAGACCUGCCGCGCCUGCUGCGGGCGCUGGACGCGCGGACUUCGACCCAAGCCACCAGCUGGGGCCGCCUGGCGGCCCGGCCGUGCCUGCGGGGUCGCGUGGAGCUGUGCCGCCAGCUGGAACGCGAGGCCGCCAAACUUGCCAAUCAAGGCUGAUUAGAGCUCACUGCAGUCCGAUGUCUGUGGCCGCAGGCCUAGGGGCACUGGCUGGAAGCCCCGAAUGAGGCUUCUACCCUGGAAUCGUUGGAUGCCUCCUAGGGGCCACUGGCCGCAAAGCCUUGCGCUGCCUCCCAGCCCGGGAGCAGGGCAUCACACUCACUGUCCCCGCCCGUUCCCCACGUUCCCCCAGGGUCCAGUCUCUUCCUCAUGUUUAUGCUUGAGGGUGCUCUCCCUCAGAACCCCCAGGGAGAGUCACUCUUUCCUGAGAACUCCUCUGACCUCAGUGCUGUUGUGAGUCGGGGAUCGUCCCACUUCCUCUCUCCGAGUUCCAGAGAAUAGUCUGCACGUGCUCCAGUCCAGGCCAGAGGGGUUGGGACAGGGGUUAGGGAGGCAGGAGCUCUGGCAGCUCUGAGUGGGAGGCGGCUGCAGAGGGGGUGGGGGGACAGAAAACCCCUUUGGGAGCCAGGGAUCCCCCUUUUCCAGACCG